AUGUUUCUAUUCAUUGCAUUGAUGUUGGUCCUUGUGUCAGUAUUUCAAAAUCCAUAUAUGGAGGUUCAUGGAGGAGGAGGAUCACGAUUGUCUGUGGGACUCGGUGGACAUCUGGCUGACAGAUUGCAUAAUGCAUCAGUAGAAUUGGCGAAAGAUAAAGUCAAUAAGACCCUGUUUCUCACAGACAACUUUACAAUGAUAUAUGAAUACGCGUAUGGAAAACAUGCUAUCAUUUAUGUUGAUUCUUCCACCAGUAUUUGUUGUAUUCAGUCACCAAAUAAGUACAUCAGCUCCACUGAGAACAGUAUCGAUGCUGUCAAAAUCUACGAAAACCUGAUAUGCGAAUAAAUUCUUCACAAAUUUUAAAGAUACUUAAUCGAUAAGGGAUGUGUGGGCGAGAAUGACAAUGUUUGGUUGUCUUGAUGAGUCACACUUAGAUAGAAUGACAGGUGUUAUGUGUUAUAUAUAUAUUCCCCUAUCCUUAUUAUGUAUUGACUGUUAUAGAUUGACUGUUCCUCGUGUCGGAUUUUGGUGUGGAAAUAUAUUGACGUUGUAGUCAGGCUAAUCUCGUGUUCUUGAUCUGAGUUGUGUUGAAGUCUUGUAGAAUAGACACUGGGUGGGAAUCUAGUGUAGAUAUUCGUCUAAGGUAAAUUAUCGUCCCACAUUUUGUUAAAUAGUUCGUACGUUUUAUAGAUAGCAUCUAAUAAAGUUCUUUUCAACGUGUUAUUUAUCACUAGAUGGACGUAAGUUGUUGAGAUUUUAAUGAUUAUUGAACCUGUUCAUGUUUUCACUUCUACAAACUAACAAAAUGAUCUCAGGUUGAGUUUGAGCAAAUACAAUGACCGCUAAUAAUGGUUGAAUAUUGAGACCUUAACCACUCGUUUUAACAAUGGGACAGAAGACAUUGUAUAAUUUCCCCUAAGCAUGUCACCAAAACUAGCAUACUUCAAUGAUCAAAAUCUUACAAAAUAUAUCAAAAGAUAAACUAGCGUUGAUUCAUGGUCUUCCGUGGUAAUGUUUGGAGACCUCAUCAAGUGUUUUCUCUUUCCUUUACUCAAAUAGAUAAUUGUUCACUCCACACAGUAGUUUCCCUUCAAUUUUAGUACAAUCUACAUAUCCUGUAUAGAAAUUUUAAAUCAUUCAUUGUUUUGUUUUAUUUAGAAAUAUGGAAGGCGUUAAUCAAAUGUUUGGAAACGAUCAUUUGAUAAUGCGGAAUAUCUACUCUUUGUUUCACCUAAUCUUUACCGAAACGGUAACCGAAAUCAUGUUACAUUAAUUCACUUCUAUUAUGUUUUUAAAGUAAAUAUUUUGUAACAGUAACAGAUUUCUUUUCUGUAACCAACUGAAAUAUAAUGACAGG